AUGACAAGCAAAUCGAGUAUCUUGGAGCUGACUUUCAACCACAUCGCUUUUCCACCAAAGCUUCCUGGGAAACGUGACGGUCAGGUUGAAGCUGUCGAGAAAGACAUCCUGACGCGUCUACGCACAGCCGUUCGAACCAUCAAGGCCUAUCCAAACGAUAGCACCCCAUCUAUCUGGGAAGAUAUCGAAAGAUCCUUGGCCAUCUGCCGACUCGUCAAUGAGAAUGGGUUUCUCAAUCGAGAAGCUUUGGAGGUAGCACUCCAGUCUGUCAAACUCGACGAUACGAUCGUACUACACGUCUCUCAACAGAAUGCAGGUCUCCUCAUACGUCCCUCAGACGAUCAAUAUAUCUUCGAAGCCUUUGAAGCUUCUCCUUCUGCUGAAAAGACUCUAGCUGCCAAAGGCGCCAUGCAAUGGGAUUUUCCUACCGUGGCUGUUUCUUUGCCUCGUCAAGACUUUGAGAACCCUAGGUUUCAGGAGAACCUCAUUUACUUCCUGGAGGGAGCUAGUCUUGAUGCAGUAGAUGACUUUGCAGCAAAGACCCACAAAGCUGGAGUGACUAUCACUGAGGCUCGAGAUACCACUCACCCUGCCCUCGUCACCGACUUCCUUAUGGCAUUGCUCGAAGUGAAUGGUGCGCGCUCAAACCCUCCACUACUUCGAAAGCGUGUCAAAGACGACGUCUGCUGGGACGAUGCAGAGCUACCAUGGCGAAGGAGCCCAUUCUGGCUUAUCCUCCGCGUCUCCGUGCAGCGAAUACUCUACCUGACAUUAGGUGAAGAAAAGGGACGGGCACACUACAAAUUUCUCAUGUGUGUAUUAAUGUCCCAACUCUUGAUGGAUUGCGUGCAGGCUUCAUUCAGCCCAGAACUAUGCAACUUCCUCAGAGCCAAACUGUGCAGGCGUUUGGCUAAACUUGAGAGCGAGAAGCUUCUUGCUCGCUCAUCAGCUCUACAGACAUACUCAGAUCUGUUUGAAAGCACUCUCCCCGUCUGUCAUGAUGCUAUCGAGAGGACCACAAGGUUCAUAGAGAAACAAUGGAACGCAUUCAAAUCAAACUCUCUACGCAAAAUACCGCUGCUCCCUCGGUUUGCCGACGAGAGCGACCUUUAUCUGACUUUACCAAACAGUGGCCCUUACUUGCGAAGUGUUCUCAAGCAGUCCCAUCAUCCGACACCAUCAGAUCCCUCGAUCAUCGACGCAGCAACUCUCGAUUCUAGUUCUAGCAAAACUACUACCGAGUUCUACAGUUCUCUCCUCACACGAUACAAUAAACUGCAAGAUUUUGAGAGCCACUUUGAGUUAACAACAACCGAAAUUCCCUCCUCCACAUCUGAGUGUGCGAAAAAAUGUCAAACCUUGGCCAAACAUAUACAUUCGUACAUGGAAGCCGUUGGGGAUGCGUACGACGGAAACAGUGAACAGAUAAGCAUUUUCAUAUUGAAUGUGCUAGAGUUAUGGGUCUAUAUGGAUCAGUGCGCAGUCAAGGUGCAUCCACUUCUGAGCCAAUACCAUCCAUUUUUCGAGCGAGGAAUGCUUGACGUAUUGCUUCUGACACGUCUACAUGACCUGAGACGCCUUCAGGUUAUCCAGAAGUACAUUCACAGUCGGUGUACUCAGGCAGAAUGGCCGUUGGAUAUCUUCGCAGACCCCCAAGUAGGUUGUUUUGCAGAUCAGAUUUUCACGCUCGGUAAGCCAGAGACUAUAUCAAGUCUCAAUACUCUCUGCGCCAACAUUGAGGCUGCAUCACAAGUCUCAAGAAAUGCAAAGGAGAGGGAGCUGCAACAAAUAAAUGCAGCCUAUAAAGAGCGGACUGAGAACAUGAUCAAACAUACAUGUACACAGCGCAGGAAUCCAGAUGGAAGUCACGACAUACGGGGUUGCACACAUUGCUGGCAUGUGCGGUCGCGUAGAAAACUGAAAGUUGAGGUCCAUGAGGAUUUUCUCCCUGUGGAAGAUCGCAAUAGGGUGAACGAUGGGGUUCAGAAGCGAGUUAUCCUGUUUGAGCUUAAUACUCCACCGGCGUUUUCUGCCUAUCGAACAGCUACGUGGGAUAUCAUUCAGCGUCUCCGGUCGCCAGUUCAAGAAACUUCUCUAAGCGUACCAGAGAUAUUUUUGAAGGAUUAUCCUCAGCUUCGGAAAUUUUACCACUAUUCUGGAAACUUCUCGUUAGCUUCGACCACGAAGUCAUUCCUAAAGACUCACUACAACUUCAGAGCUCUUCCUACAACUCUGUCGAAGGUGCUCCUUCCCUUUGGACCAAGGUUCUACUACUAUGAUUCAGGCCGAGGUAUUUGGGCAUCAACUGUUCAACGACCACUGUCCAUUGCUCAACAUUUUGGGUUGAAGCUUCCCAAAGAGCUCUCAUUUUCAACCCUCUACUCGUCAACCGAUUUUGCUGCUGAUAGUGAUGGUCCAUCUUCAUAUGAGAUCGUCGCCAGUAUCCCUGAGUGUCCCUCUGACUUGACCAUUCAUGAGUAUACUGCCCACCAAAGCUUGAUCGCUGGCAGGAAUAGGAGAUGGCUUUCAAUUUUGACGGAGCUGGGCUUUCAAUUUUGA